AGCGCCAUCGAUAAACCGAUGGAAAACACGAAUAAACAGGUUAAAAUAAUCGAAAAACUGUUGCAGAACUUACAGAAUCUCCUGGAGGAGGGUACCGUAGGGGAAAUCCUAUACGACUAUGCUAUGCGUGUGAACGAAAUCUUAACUUAUGCAAGAGACGAAAAAGGCAACAUAGAUCCGUCGCACGAAAAUAAGCUCCUACCGAAAUUUGUUGCCAACUUACCAUACUUUGCUGAGGGCGAGUGGAAUGACCACGCUCGUAAGCUUCCGAAAGGUCCAUUGCUUGACGAGUUCGGUGGCUGGAUCCUGCAUGCCGCCGAAAAUGCACAUCGUUUGUUUUACUACAUCACGCCAUGUAUGGUGUGUGGCAUCAACUCGCUUUGUCAAUCGCUGGCAGAGUGCGAGGCCUUCGAGGAAAUGGGCGUAAAGGAUCGCUGGAAGGUGGUACGAAAGAAUAACCUUUGCCAGUGGUGCCUAAUUUCUCAUCAAGGACAGUGCCUCAGCGUACCAGGAUGCGGCGAGAACGGCUGUGUAAGGAAACAUCACUGGAUGCUGCACAACAACCGACGCUAAUGAUCGCAAAAUGUAUUGCUACAGCUGAAGGAAUGCAGAAUAAUGUGCUCCAGAAUU